CACAGUUUCACUUGAACUUUGCAGUACCUCAAAGUUGUUUCCUGUUUAAACAUUCUCAGUCACUUCCACAUGUAGCAACAACCUUUGUUCAAUUUGAUCUUGAGACAUCUGAUUUGUGAGCAGACACGGUUCUUGUGGCUUUGUCGCAGUUACAUUCACUCGCCUGCACUUCAUAUUCCUCAGAAGAGAAACAUGUUCAACUGUACAUUAGAAAAUGGGACGGAGCGGGAUAUGAGGAACACGCCGUACGCUCUGGUGUUUGGAUCUGUAAUGAUGCUGGGUCUGCCUCUCAAUGCUGUGUCGCUGUGGAUUCUGUUACGCUGCCACAGCCUCAAAUCCCCCAGUGUCGUCUUCAUGGUCAACCUGGCAAUCUCUGACCUGCUGCUCGUCAUCUCCUUGCCCAUGAGGGUCUACUUUUACGCAACGGGCACUUGGCCUCUGGGCAAUAAGGCAUGUAUCUGGACCACAAUGCUCUUUCGCAACAACAUCCGCUCCAGCUUCAUCUUCAUCACCUUCAUUAGUGUGGACCGACUGCUGGCUGUCGUCUACCCUCUGAGGUCACGCCAUCUCCGAACCACUUCCAACGCCUUGAAAGCUGUUGUACUCGUUUGGCUGUUUUUGUUUGCGUUGAACAUCCCAGAAAGUGUGAAAUUUUUUAUAUUUUUAGACACAAAUAAUGAAUCUACCUGUUUUGAAUUUCGUUGCAAUCCGCCGCAUAUAUUGGCUCAUCCUCAGGCUGUGUUUGUGCUCACUAUGCUGGCAGUCAACAUUGUGUCCACUGCUCUGGUGUCUUGGACUCUACACAGACAUCUGAAUGACUCCGCAAGGAUAAACAACAAGGUGAAUGUCAUGAUGAUUUUUGCCAUGAACCUGAUGAUGAUCACCGUAUUUUUCUUGCCUGUGUCAUUGGUUGUCAUCUUUGAAAGCUGGAGACAUGCUCACACACCACUCAUAUGUCUUGCUAGUGUGAACUGCUGUCUGGAUCCUCUGUUGUAUUACUUUUCUUUUGAUGGUUUCUGGAAGAGGAAAGAAGAUGUGGACACCUCUGUUGCAAGAGAAUAGUUUGUGAUAACAAUAGACAGGGACAGGUGGGUUUAAAUACUGUUUAAACAGCAUUAUUUGUGUGUGGAUCUGCAAUAUAAAGGUUACACGGUGACAAUGUAUGUAUAUAGAAUGUAUUUUUCUAGCCCUCCUUCCCCUUUCCCUAAGUGGCUUUGCCACUUGUCAGGCCGCAAUUGUAAAUAAGAACCUGUUCUUAAUGACUUGCCUGAAAAAAUAAAGGUACAAAAAAAUCUUA